AUGGAGUCAGUGAGCGGCGUGAUCAUGCUGGUCCACAAGUUGUUGGCCCUCCCUCGCCGCCGUGCGUGUCUUCUGGCUCCGCUGUUCGCCACGUUUGUCAACACGCGGUUGGUACACCUGCUGCAGCUGGACUUCCUGAAGUUGGGGAUGUUGGAUCUGGAGAUCUUGCUCUGCGUCGCCGUGAGCAGUGUGGCCAUCAUCCGACGCUGCCUGGUGUGGCUGCUGAUUCUCGUGAUGCUGUUCCAGCUUCGUCUUCCCCGAUGCCUGGUGCGGCGGUUGCUCCUUCCUGGGCUGUGCAUGUUCCUCUGUGUACCUCGCUGCCUGGGGUGGCUGCUGACCCUACAUGUGGCGCACCUGUUCCUCAUCGUGAUUUGGCUGAUUGUUGUGGUCAACAUGCUGCUGCUUGGUCUGCUGCUGCUGGUCUUCCUGAAGGCGGGGGCACUGGAUCUGGAGUUGUUGCUCAAGCUACGUCGUCCUCACUACCUGGUGCGGCUAUUGAUCCUCCCUGGGUUGUGCAUGUUCCUCUUCGUUAUGUGUCUGAUAGACGUCCUCAUCUUCCUACAGGUAUUCCUGAUGGUCGUGAUGAUCGUUCCGCUGCCGCUGCUGGUGGCGCGCGGCGCAGGUCGCUGCUCAGUUUCGGCGUUGGCAAGGGCCGCUCUGACUGUGAGAACGAGCUGCUCCCACCUGGAGGCCGUGAUGAGCUUCGACAUGAUGACCUGGCUGCUCAAGAACAGCGACCAUUGCGCUCCAAACAAGACAUGUUCGACCUCAUGCGGCCGCUCGCUGAGAGUAUGCGCAAUAUGUGCGAGGAUAUCCACCUUCUUCAAGAUCAACUUCGUGAACUUCGUCACGCUGGCAAGUGGGGUGCUCCUCUUCCUGCUGCUGGUCACUAUGAUCGUGCUGAUCUACCUCCUGGCGGUGCGUGUGGCUCUGGCGGGUAUCGGGCCGCCCGCGACCGAUCGCGAGUUGUUGUGCACGUGGACGCUGCUGCGAGUGGCGCGGCUACGCCUAGUCCUGGUGCUCCUGUGUCUCGACACCCUGAACUUCGAGAAGCUGACCGUGACCUUCGGCAUGCUGUAG